UCUCCUGAAUUCUUCUUGAGCUCUAUGACUCAAUUUAUAACCCAACUUAUUUGAUAAACAAUUUUUGUGCUGCAUGUGGACUAGUUUGGUGAGUUGAUUGAAUAUUGAGCCAUUUUGAGUGAGUUAAGUUCUUUAUAAACGGACGAAAAAAUGUCUAGGCCGGAAUACUCAGCACCACCCGAAAUAUUCUACAAUGAGAAAGAGGCUAGAAAAUAUACACAGAACUCUCGAAUUAUUGAUAUUCAAGUUCAAAUGUGCGAAAGAGCUAUAGAACUUCUUCUUCUCCCAGAAGAUCAGUCCUGCCUCCUUCUGGAUAUUGGUUGUGGUUCCGGGCUUUCAGGUAGUGUAUUAGAGGAUAAUGGGCAUAUCUGGGUUGGAAUGGAUAUAUCACAAGCGAUGUUAGAGGUGGCAGUGGAAAGGGAAGUUGAGGGAGAUCUAAUCAUGGCUGAUAUGGGAGAAGGUGUACCUUUUAGGGCUGGGGUUUUUGAUGGUGCUGUCAGCAUAUCGGCCCUUCAGUGGUUAUGUAAUGCUGAUAAAACCUCACAUAAACCGGUUGAAAGAUUAUAUAGAUUUUUCAGUACCUUGUACGCUUCACUGAGCAGAUCAGCUAGAGCGGUUUUUCAGUUUUAUCCAGAUAGUAGUGGUCAGGUAGAACUCAUUACACAGCAAGCCAUGAGGGCAGGUUUUUACGGAGGUGUUGUUGUCGAUUAUCCUAACUCGACCAAAGCGAAAAAAUAUUUCCUGGUUUUGAUGACUGGGGGAAAUAUGCCGUUGCCAAAAGCCCUCGAUACAGAGAGCAAUGAUGUUCACAUUUCAAAGAGAGAAAGACUAAAGAAUGCCAGGGGAAAAUCUUUGAAAAAUAGCAGAAAUUGGAUUUUGGAAAAGAAGGAGAGGAGGAGAAGGCAAGGAAAAGACGUAAGAGCCGAUUCGAAAUACACUGGAAGAAAGAGAAGUUCGAAAUUCUGAUCUGUUCGAACUAAUUUAUUGUAUAUAACCAAUUUUCACGCUCACAAGUAUUGUAAAUAUAUUCUCCUGAAACAA